CCAACAGAUCAAUAAGCAAGCAUUUAAAACGCUAAACAAUGUCCGGCCACAAUCCUCCUCAUGGCCGGCUUGGACAGCCGAGUACGACGUGGAAUCCUUUACAGGUACCAUCCUAUGUGCCGAGGCAACCGCAACUAGCGCACAUGUCCAGCGAACGCUCAAUGGCUCGAUCACCCUUAACAUGGCACACACCACCAACACACCAGGAUAAAGUGUACAAUCUGAUGACCGGGAAUCUAAUGAAUAGUAUUGAAAAUAAUCCUUUACUACAAGGAUACGGCCGUACUAGUGUCGGUAUACCGCUGGGAUCGGUAGACCUUUCGCUUUCGUCCGUCGCCCGCAGCACGCCAUCACCUAAGGCAAAUCAUCCGCACAACUCGUCAUCUUCCGUCACACUGCCAUCGAACAUUCCUGCCAUUGUCCACACGACGGCUGCGGAUCACACGAGCAAUCUUACACGUAUCACAACGACCACUGCAGAAACGAAUCUUGUCCCGUCUGCGACUGCAAGUGUUAUACAAUCGACUGCUAACACGUGCACCACAACGACUGCUACUUCGACCAGUGCAGCUGCCGCAGUUGCCGCUGCGCUCAAGGAUUGUAUACAAGGAACGUAUGGUUCACAAGAGGGUGGAAAUACGACAACGAACUUCAGCAACGCCACCAAUGAUGGAUCGCACACCGGGUCUACCAGUGGAGGAGGAAACGGAUUCGGGGUUCCGCCAGUGCUUGGAUGUCGCGUUGGUAGUGAUAUUGCUUCUUUCAUGACGGGUGGUUUGCUUAUAAAAGAUGCGAAACAGAUAAACAGUGAAAUGGAAAGUAAAAACGGUCGCGAUUGUUUUUCCCAUCUAACUUCGGCGGAUUCAUCUGAUUUGGUGAAAGAUUUCAUCAUGCACGCUAUACAAAAUAGCAAUUCGUUGCCGGUUUCGCCGAAACGAACAUCACCACAACGGACAUCAGUUCAAUCCAGCUACAGCCCCGACAGGAGUCGCAGUCCCGCGUCAAACUUGUUGCACGGGUCAUCGACGUUAGAAGCAAAGUUAGGGCUGGACUGCGUUAAUAAUACUUUUCCGACGCUUAACUGCAAUAAUACGCCCAUGCCACUGAGAUUGAACGCUGAAAUAAAACAAUCGACUUCGGCAGAAUCGACGGAAGCAUCGAACAAUGGAGUCGCUGUAACAUCACUUGCAUCCAACUGCAAUCCGGCUGCUUCUCCAACAAACAAUAGCAUCACAUCGAACGAGGAUUCAGUCGAUUCCUCAAGUGGUUGCAGCAAAUCAAGGCGAAGGCGGAAACCAGAGCGAACGAGCAAAAUGAAUCCAACGAACGUCGGGGCCAGCGACCACGAGGAGGGACAGCCAUUCUUCGGUCCCGAACCCAAAGCUAUGGAUGGCAUUCUCGAACCGCUACGUUCAAACAUUGCGGGACGCAGUGACAUCACCGCCUUUGCAAUCGAAGGUAUAAAUGCUCUGAGUAAGUGCUUACCGGGCGUCACAAACAGUCAUCCUGCAGUCACUGAUUUGCCGGAAAGCAGUCGAUUGAACAGCAUUCACGCGAGCCGUGAUCAUCACCUUCCCGCCGUGCAGACGGGUCUCGUCGAAGCGCCACAAAACCUCAUCCAAAGCAAUAGCACUCUCAGUAGCAGCAGCGUUAGUACCGUCGGCAUCAGUCCCGUGAUCAGGGUUGCAUCGCCCCAAACGAUGUUAGUACCUCCGGCGGCCCUUGCCAACUCCUGUACUAAGUUCCCUCUUUCGGCAAGUGGUCUGUCAGUGGCCGCUGCUACAGUGGCCGCCGCCAUCGAAUCCGUGCGUAAGAAUGAGCCGGAGGAUUGUAAUGAAACCAUCGGUAAAAUUGCGGCAAUGGUAUCAUGCGUAGCGGCAAAUGUGAGCAUGAUUAGCACGGCAUCCACUGCGCAUGGAGAAGCAUCGUUCAUAGGAAACGGCACCGAACAUGAUACAGGCGAAACUAAUUGUAAUGGACCCGUGGCACAGCACAAAACCUCGGCAACUGUGCACCAAUCGAAGGGUAAAUUGAAUGAAAAAGACAAUGCUUCCGAAAGCAGCUACGAGGAGGUUGAAAAUAAAUUGGAACAAAUGUUUGCUGGCAUCGAGGAAGAAAAGGCUGAUCUAUCGACCAAAUCUAUCGAGGGAAACAUGCGAAGCGGAGUCAGUGGCAACAAUGGCUGCCGUUCCAUUGACGAUACCGCCGAUCAUUGUUCCCGUUCUGAAGAUAAAAAAUCUUGUGCAGUAACAGAUGGUGAUGUGUUGAAGCAGUUGUCGUGCGAUUCCAUCACAAGCGAAGGAGAGCAGCAGCAGGGGAAGAAAACGGAAAGUGUAGAAAGCAGCAAAACCGUCACACCCGAAACUAGUGCAACUUCUGCUGCUGGCAGCGGAAGGAAACCGCUGACGCCGGCACAAAAACGUGCCAAUGGCACCAAUUCCAUGGAAACAAGUACACCGAUCGUGAAGCGAAAACGGGCACCGAAAAAGAAGGGCAAUGCGUAUUCGGCCAAGGGGAAUCCGUUCCUUGAGCCGGAUACACAGAAAAUCAUGGGCUUGAAGGCGCUUGCAAAAGGAAAGGGAAAAUGUGGAAAAGCGUUCGGUUCAAGCGGGAAAACGAAGGGCAAAGCGGGCAAAAAGAUGAACGCGGCGCCGAAUAGCAGCGAACGGAUAUCAGCAGCGGCGGUCACUACUGCGACGAAUUGGGCCGGUCCAUCGAGCAGUGCAGACAUCACGUAUAGCAAGCAUAAGGGGCCUUACGUGCAGGUCAAAGCGAACGGCAACCAUACAGUUAUUAAUGCGCCUAUCAACGACGAAGAUGACGAAAAGCCACAGAGUAAAUUGGCGAAAAAGUUUUCCACUUCCCACAACGUUUCCGAACGCAGCAAGAUUCGAGGCUUGCACGUCAGCACCCUCAGCACGAAGUACGACGCAGACACAACCGACACAAGCUGGAUGUGCGUGUUCUGCAAAACAGGACCGCACAAGUUUCGGCUGGGUGAUCUGUUUGGACCGUACAUUAUUAGCACGGACUCGAAUGAGUAUAAACAAAGUGAAGUGGACUUGGACUUCUUCAGUGUUAAGCGGACACGCGAGACACUGGAAUCGAAACAAGCCAAGCAACGGCGGGUGGCCGAGCAGCAACAGCAGCAGAAGCAGUCGGGAGGCUCAAAAGGUAGAAAAAGAAAAAAUGCCGGCGCCACGAGCAACGCGACAAUCCCAUCUGAAGUCCCUUCUAAGUCCUCAGUAAUGGUGUUAAAGGAAGAAAAGAGUGAAGAUGUCCAUCGGCAGCAGUUGGAAGACAUAUUCUACGGCAUGGUUACGGCGGGCGAUAACACGUACGAGGUGUGGACGCACGAAGAAUGUCUAGUGUGGGCACCGGGUGUCCAUAUGGUGGGGACGAGAGUGAUAGGGCUGGAGGCCGCGAUUUGGAACUGCUGCCGGCACCGCUGUCAGUUCUGCUCAUAUAACGGUGCGGUAGUUAGUUGCCUGAGCCAGGGAUGUACCGCCAAGGCGCAUUUCAUCUGUGCUCAUAAGCAAAACUGGAAGCUAACGAAGGAAUAUAAAUCGUUUUGUGAACUACAUUCAGCUAGUGUCAAAGAACCGGCUGAUAGUGGUCGGAGUGGGGUGGACAUGUCGUCGUCUUCGUACCGGUAGAUC